AUGGAGGGAUCGGUGGCGGAGGGAAAUCACGGAGGCGAUCCCCGCGCCGAGCAUGCCGCAACCAAGGAGUCCGAGGCGGCGGCAACGCAACACCAUCUGACGCUGCUCCAGCCGACCGUGGUCGAAGUUUCUGCAGCCGUGCUGGAUAAGGACAAGAGGAAGAGCGAUGGGGAGGACGAUUAUGACACCGCCGUGCCCGGGGACCUCAUUACGCGGGCGAAGAGGCGGCAGACGACAGGUAGUGCUGACGACGCCGGAGGCGCGGCAGUUGGGACACCGCGAGGCGCCAAGGAAGCUAGUGGCAAGGCGGGCGGUCAAGCAUUGCGCCAGAAGGGCCGACCCGCAGCAAGAAAAGCAUCCGGCGGAAGGAGAGGCAAGAAAGCAGCGACGGGAACAAAGCCGAAACGGGGCGAUGAAGACCCCGGUGAUGCGGAGGAGGAGGAGGAUGAGGAGGAGGAUGCGGAGGGAGAGGAGGAUGAAGAGGAAGCGGAGGAGGAUGACGCGGAUGUUGGGGAGGAUGAAAAAGAUGAGAAUGAUGGCGGGGAGGACGAAGAGGAGGAGGAGGAGGAGGAGGAGGAGGAGGAGGAGGAGGCAGAGGAGGAGGAGGAGGAGGAGGAGGAGGAGGAGGAGGAGGAGGAGGAGGCAGAGGAGGAGGAGGAGGAGGAGGAGGAGGAGGAGGAGGAGCAGGGUGACGACGAGGAGGAGGAUGUGGAGGAGGAGGAGGAGGAGGAGGCAGCGGAGGAGGAGGAGGAGGAGGAGGAGGAGGAGGAGGAUGUGGCGCCAGUGAAGGGACGGGGCGGGCCGUGA